GCAAAUGCGGUGGCUAUGAAUAGGCAUCCGUUCAGGUUUGGAGGCACGCAAACCUUUUCUCACAAGGGGCAAUGUUGUUUUUGUUAAUCAGAUCAUUCCUAGAGUAGCUCCAGGGUGUUCAGGAAAAGGUGGGGCACGAGGGGCCAGUGUUGUGACCUGACGUCACCAAAUUCUUCUCUCAGGCCUCUGGAUGAUCUCAAGAGUGUUAUAUGCAGCAUUGAGAGAAGGUAAGACAGCCUGGGUUGCAGUGAGAAAGGAACGUACGUCUGGACAUUUAAUCGGGACGGGUGUCACCCAUUGUGGUUUAACAUCUAAAGGAGAUGGUUUCGGCCAGAGGUGCAGCGUAGCACCUCUGGGCGAGCCUCGGCAGGGGAGCAGAGCGAGGAACACUCGCCGUGUGGAAGUGGAUACGCAAGCAGCAUAAAAGGGGGCAUUGAACAGCAAUGAGUUUGAAAGAUGUCUAAUGACUACUGCAUAAUGGCCUCAGCGAAAGAUCCACUGAAGAAAGAGCUGGAGGAGGAACUAAAACUGAACACUGAUGAUCUUCGCAGCCAUGCUUGGUACCACGGCCCCAUCCCACGCCAGGAGGCUGAGGCGUUGUUGGAGCGAGAUGGGGAUUUCCUGAUCAGGGGAUCUCGCUCCAGCCCGGGCAAUUACGUGCUGACCUGCAGCUGGAAGGACGCCCCGCUCCACUUCAAGAUCAUCCGAAUUGUGCUGAGACCCAGAGAGACCUACUCCCGGGUCCUGUACCAGUUUGAGCAGGAGAGCUUCGACAAUGUGCCAGCCCUGGUACGUUUCUACGUAGGGAACCGCAGGCCCAUUUCGAAGAUCACCGGGGCAGUGGUCUUCCACCCGCUGAACCGCACACUGCCCCUGAGGUGCAUCGAGGAGAAGCACGGCAUAGGAGUCAACACUGAGUCUCUUCAUCAACCGCCAUCAGGGAAAGACUCCAACCAGACCAAGAGGUUUAGCUUGGAUCUGUCCGAUGAAGUGUCACUGGAUCAGGUCGACGCAGACAGUAAUCUUCUGAGGAACCAGUACAAGAGCGGGAGCCAACCAAACAUUCUGGAUGAUGUAAACAACAAGAGGAUACUGCACUCCGCCCAGUCUGACAGUUACCUCUCUGGCAGACCAAAAAAACGUGUUCAGGCGAGUGGGGCAGAAAGAGCGAUCCUCCCCAAGUCACCAGUGUACAGGACGGGAAGUGACUCCAUGAUCAGCCCCAAAGGAAGCUUCAAGCACUUAGAUCCCAGGCGCACCUCAGGUUUGAGGGGCUCUGAUGGGCAGUUGCACUCCAAAGCCCCUCCCAAACCCCAAAGGGCCCCUUCAGACACGAGCAGACACCCAGGCCUGCAACCUGCAUCCGAGCCAGACCUGGGCAUCUACUCCGAGCUGGUACCACAGGUCCCUCAUAGCAGCCAGGACUCCAGUCUGGGAGACAGCCACGUGGGCAGGCUGUGCGCACAGGAGCGGGCCAAUGUCAGAGCCCGAAUGACUACGGACAUCCACUUCCUGGAUUCCGAGGAGCCCCUCAGUUUGGAGCUCACCCCGGAACGAGGGGCUGAGGAGGAGGGCUUCACAAGACCACACGUGGAGACCGGCACCGCCUUCAAGCUGGACACCUUCAACUCCAUUUUACUCCCUCACGACAACAAGGCUCUGGAGCCGUCCGUCCUCAAACGUCUCAAGGAGAUCUUUGCUGAACACGACCCCGAGACCACAGCACGACACAUUCUCAAAGUGGAUUGUCAGGUUGCUCGGAUCACUGAGGUAUCUCCAGAGGAGAGGAGAAUGAUGGGAGUGAACUCGGGAUUAGAGCUCAUUACAUUGUCCCAUGGACACCAACUGCGAAUGGAUCUACUUGAGAGGCAUUCUCUGAUAGCCUUGGGCAUCGCCGUGGAUAUCCUGGGCUGUACUGGCAGCGUGGGGCAGAGGGCCAGCGUGCUUCACAAGAUCAUCCAGCUGGCUAUCGAGCUCAAGGACACAAUGGGGGACCUCUAUGGCUUUUCAGCCGUGAUGAAAGCUCUGGAGUUGCCUCAGAUCACGCGUUUGGAGUUUACAUGGAGGACAUUGAGACGCACACACACAGACAGCGCCAUCGCCUUUGAGAAGAAGCUGAAACCUUUCAUGAAAUCCAUGAAUGAGGGCAAUGGUGACCUCUCUCUCCAGAAUAUCUCGGUCCCACACAUCCUACCUAUCAUCAUGCUCAUGGAACGCCAAUCCGUCUUCGACCUGGAAGGAUGGGAAGGUUGGGAGAACAUGGAACAGGGCUGCGAGAUCCUUCUCAAAACCCUGGAAGCCGCUCGGGCAACAACCCUGAACACCGAUGUGUUCAGAGUCAACACUGAGGCCAGACUGAAAGACAUGCAGAUAAACCGAGAGCUCCUGGAAGCCUUCAGGACGGAGUUUGCCCUGCGCUUGUUCUGGGGCCCCAAAGCAGCCGAGCUGGGCCGGGGAGAGCGCUACGAGAAGUUUGACAAGAUCCUGACGGCUUUGUCACGCAAACUGGAGCCCGAAAGCCCCCUGGAGAUCUAGACAAACCCAGCGGACAAUCGGGGAGGAGGAGAAGGCCCUAAAGUGAGAUGAAGGUGGAGACCUGAUGUGAGGUUGUCGCUUUAUUGUACUGUAAAUAGUCCACAUCAAACCUGAUGCCAAUGCCAACUGAUGUCACGACGAUGAACGACAGCAACACAACGCACUGGAGAGGAUCGCUGUAGAACAUUUAUACGAUUGGGACGUCCUCCUGACGUGAAAGGCACUAUUCAAAUGUAAUUUGUUGUUGUUGUUAUUAACUUUCUGACAAUCGUGGUUGGACAAACCGUGCUCUCAAUGGCAAGCUCCAGCAGUCACCCCCACCCAUCCGCCCCCUCCACUCACUCAACGCACACUGCAGGGUCCUUAACAGGCUCGAGGGGCUGAAUGGCCUAUUCCUGUUCCUAUGUUCUUGCUUACACACACACACACACACACACCUCCAUUGGCUCCAACAAAGCCUCCAUUAUUUUCCACUGACUCAAUAGGGGAAGAGUUUGCGAGAGGUAAUCGGGUGCGUUUGAGGGAGAGAAGGGAUCACUGGCGCUUCACCAGCUCCGCCUGUUUUCUGUGGUGUUUACGUUUUGUACAGAAGCCGAUUCAAAUACCAGAGUCCACAGCGAAACACUUGUAAAUAAUAAACAGCUAUUUGUUACAGAGCACAGUCGG